AUGGCCGUCGCCACGCGCUCCGCCGUGCUACUCUUCGACUGGAGGAGAAAUGCCAAUGGCACGCUCUCGCCGUCUGCCAGUGCUGGUGCUAGUACUAGUAGUAAUAAGACUCGCACAACCACCAGCAAACUAGGCGGCAAUGUGGUGUCAACCAGUGCCUGUCGCCGCCGCGGCGUGGAACCACCUUUGCCGCAGCCACCACCGACGCAGCGGCUGCUACUGCUGGGUUCUCAACCUCCCGAUAAAUAUCGCGUUCGCGAGGUUAGACGGAGCCGCCCCACGCUCACCGUGAUCCGCGGUGGGAGCUCGCUCACCAUCGAUCGCGGGUCCGUCCGCCUUCUCCGGAAAAUGGCGCAAUUCGCUGCUUCUAUGCGCCUACUUCCGGCUUCUGGAGCACCUCGAGCUGCUGGGGCUGCUGGGGCUGCUGGAGCCGCGGCGGGCACGCCUGACCAACAUGAUGGUCGAGUCGACUUCCCCGGCGGUGAAGCCAAGAGAAGCGACGCCUUGUCGGUUGAGGAUCCUACUGGGAGCCUUCCGAGUACUGGUGGUACUACUGAUAGUACCACUGGUAACAAUCGUGCGAGUAUUCUAGUGCAGGGGUUGGAAGGGCGGUCGUGGGCGGAGAAGGCGCAGCAUGCGCGCAAGCUGCUGGCGGGGCUGCUGGCGCUCUCCCGCCCGCACAACUUCCUGCCCUCCGUGCUCCUCGUGCUCCUCGGCGCGUUCCUCGGCGCCUCAUCUACAGGCAGUGGCACCGCGGCCAUGACUGCUGCCACAGCCAACAUCAGCGCUACAGCUGCUGCUGCUGCUACAACCGUUGCUGCUACAGCUGCCACCGCAGCAACUGCCGCCGCUGCAGCGAGCCUCCCCACCCUUCCGGUGUGGCUGUCCCCGCGGGUGCUGCUAGUGGCGGCGCUAUCCGGCAGCAUCGCCCUGGCGUCCAUGGUGGUCAACGACGUGUUUGACUGGCAGAUCGGGUCCGACCGAGUCAACUCGCCCGCCAAGCCACUCGUGUCAGGCGCCGUGCACCCUUAUGAUGCGGAGCUAGCAGCAGGCUGCCUCUACUCCCUCAUAGUCCUUGCAGCGUGUCAACUGGAGCCCUUGCCUCUCCGCAUGCUGGUGGCGGGCGCGGCGGUCGGCACAUAUCUCUACACUCCGUUUCUUAAAAGAAUUACUUUGGUUAAGAAUGUCGCAGUCGCGGGAAUCAUUGCCUCGUCGCUGCUUGCUGGCGCGCUUGCUGCUGGAGCCUCUUUCUCCGCCCUCUACCGUGCGUCAGGCGCCUUCCUGUUCCUCUUCCACGCGCUGCUGUACCGAGAGGUGCUUAUGGACGUCGCUGACGUCACUGGUGACGCCAGCGCUGGCGUGCCGACGCUUGCUGUGCGGCUGGGGAAGCAGAGGGCGGUGCUGGUGGCGUGUGGCAUGCUGGUUCUGGCACAUGCUGCAGGGGUGAGUGCUGGGGUGCUGUGA